CGGCGAGCGGCGGCCGCGCUGUCAGGCCGGUGUCGGUGUGAUGAAGAUUGGCGGGCAGGUCCUGGUUGGCUGGGAGGACCAUGGAAAAGCUGGAGUAACAACCGUGUAGAAGGCAAUGAAGAAGACCUGGAUUGCAGCAGUAACCCUCAGAGUGAUCCCGUGAGGAGCUUUCAGCACCCACCAGGAGUGGAAGAGGAGGGGACAGGACCACCUUGGCCUCCAUCCCCUGUGCCCAGACCAAGGAGGAGCUCGCCUUCGUUUGCUGGACACAUCUCGGUUGUGAUCCCCACCCAGUUUUCAGGGCAGUGGGAGGACACUUCCAGGGCAGUGGCUCCCUGAGCACCCCCUAACAGAGCUGGCUGCAAUUCCUGCCCUCCCUGAUCUCCAGAUCCUCAGAAUUCUCUCUUCACCCAGGAUUUGAACAUUUCUUGAGGUUCUCGAUGUGAGUCCCAAGCAGGAUGCACCAUGUCUCCCCUGCACCAGCUCUGACCAUGAUGGCCACCCAGACAGUGCCUCCUCCUCCCUACCAGGACACCCCACAGAUGACAGCCACAGCCCAGCAGCCCACCAAAGCCCAGCCCGUGCACCUCACCACGCCGGCAGCAGCCGCCAACGCGCCGGUGCCGUCAGCGGGCGGCGACCCCCAGGCACAGCUGGAGGCCGACAAGAGGGCUGUCUACAGGCACCCUCUGUUCCCGCUGCUGACGCUGCUCUUUGAGAAGUGUGAGCAGGCCACGCAGGGCUCGGAGUGCAUCACCUCGGCCAGCUUCGAUGUCGACAUCGAGAACUUUGUCCACCAGCAGGAGCAGGAACACAAGCCCUUCUUCAGCGACGACCCCGAGCUGGACAACCUGAUGGUGAAGGCCAUCCAGGUGCUGCGCAUCCACCUCCUGGAGCUGGAGAAGGUCAAUGAGUUGUGCAAGGACUUCUGCAACCGCUACAUCACCUGCCUCAAAACCAAGAUGCACAGUGACAACCUACUCAGGAACGACCUGGGGGGGCCCUACUCCCCCAACCCCUCCUCCAUCAGCCUCCACCCCCAGGAGAUGCUGCAGAGCUCUCCAGCAGCGCUGCCGCCGGCCUCCAACCCCCCUGCGGGCAUCGUGGUGCCCGCGGCCACUCUGCCCCCUGGCAACCUGGCCAUGGGCACUGGCAGCAGCUCGCCUGCCGUGCCAGGUGGAGCCUUGUACCAGCCCGUGACGAUGGUGACGUCGCAGGGCCAGGUGCUCGCCCAGGCCAUCACCCCUGGCGCCCUGCAGAUCCCCAAUGCCCAGGUGAACCUGGAUCUCACCUCCCUCCUUGAUGGUGAGGACAAGAAGUCCAAGAACAAGCGGGGGGUCCUGCCCAAACAUGCCACCAACAUCAUGCGCUCAUGGCUCUUCCAGCAUCUCAUGCACCCCUACCCCACAGAGGAUGAGAAGAGGCAAAUUGCUGCCCAAACCAACCUGACCCUCUUGCAAGUCAACAACUGGUUCAUUAACGCCCGGCGGCGCAUCCUGCAGCCCAUGCUGGACGCCAGCAACCCGGACCCAGCCCCCAAAGCCAAGAAAAUCAAAUCCCAGCACCGGCCCACGCAGCGGUUCUGGCCCAACUCCAUCGCCGCCGGCGUCCUGCAGCAGCAGGGGGGCAACGCAGGGACAAACCCUGAUGGCUCGCUCAGCAUGGACAACCUCCAGCCCCUGUCAUCAGCCACUGCCACCAUGGCCAUGCAGCAGGCGAUGCUGGCAGCCCACGACGACUCCCUGGAUGGCACUGAGGAAGAGGAGGAGGAUGAGGAGGACGAGGACGAGAUGGAGGAGGAGGAGGAAGAGGAGGAAGAGCUGGAGGAAGAGCCUGGUGGCCUCCCAGCAGCACCUGGUGCUGACCUUGGUUUGGACCACAGUGACUCACUGGAAUAGCUCCUCCUGCACCCUCCCAAAUCAUUGACAGCACCAGAUACAAAAUUCCCCCCAAAAUGCAAAAAAAAAAAAUAAAGGCAAGAAGAAGAAAUUAGUGAGAAAAAAGCAAACUGGCAGUGCUGGCAGAGGCCCUGGCUGCCCCAGGAGCACAGGGACCACCAUGGCAGCGCCCAGAAGUGGACACACGUUUACAAGGCACAUAUUGUGGCCAGAUUAAUCUUUUAUUUCAGGUUUUGUUUUUCUUUUUCCCUUCAUUUUUUGGUAAGCAAAAGCAUUUUUAGGGAAAGUUGUUUUCCCCAUGUGACGCUCGGAUGCUGGGGGGCAGUGCUGGGUGGGCCACUGCGCCCAUCCCUUGGAUUUCUUGGUGCAAAGAAAAGCCAAACCAGCCCCAGGACUUGAUGCUUUUUGGAUUUUUUUCCCCCAGAAAGGUCAUUCACAGGCAUAAAUACUGGCAUGGAGGGGGAAGAAAAAUAAUCAGCGAGUGCAAAUUCUGCUAUAUCCAAGGAGGGUUUGGUGCUCCACUCGUGGGAUUGCCCAAACCUCCCAACUUUGGCCCCAAUGCUGAGGCUGCUUGGUGACUCUGGACACAGUUUUCUGGAAAAGGGAGGAAAUUCCUCCAAAUCCUUUAAUUUAUAUGCUAAAACCUCUGCUGAAUCUGGAAAAAAUCCAGCUUUCCCCAUUCUUGUCUUUAAGGGCCGAGAUUGGAGGCAGAGUUGGCUGCCGGAAGUAAAACUUUUCCAAAGGCAUUUUGGCACAGAGUUAGUUAAAAAUGGGGGGAAAAUUGGUUUAAAAAAACUCAAGAUUUCACCCAAAAUUGAAUGGUGAUGUGCAAGACUCACCUGGGUGGAAGGAAACAAAGUAUUGUUGCUUAAAAGAUGAUUUCUCCCUGGUAUUGUCCCUCCACAUGGAAAAAUGGAGGAGCUUUAGCCCCAUGGGGGAGGGCAACUGCCAAAAAACCCUGUAUUUUGGGUUUUUUAAUUUUAAAUGCUAGCAAAAGGGUGGAUUCGCCUUAAAAUGUGGCAUGGGAGGAAAUGCAAAAGCAAACCAGGGCAAAAAUAAAAGGAAUUGUCUUCUGCA